GAAAAUCUAACCUAAAAAGUUUUUCUAUUUUCUAUUUAGCUCGCAAGUGGUUUGUAAUUUUUAAUCUUGUUACAGGUAUAAAUAUUUUAUAAUAAUAAGAUGUUGUUAUUAAAUAGUUUUAAAGCAAGAUAGGAUAUACUAUAAUAAAAAUACAAUGGCAGAAUUGAGUGGGAUAUUUGAAAAAGUGAUUCAUAAAGUACCUGGUCAACCAGUAAUUUCAAAGAAAGAAAAACAAGGGUAUACAGAAUUAGAUAAAAUGACCAAGGUUCAAUUAUUAGAGGCUAUAGAAAGACAAAAUAAACUAUUGGAUAACAGAAAAUUUUUAGAUAAACUGCCAGAUAAAGGCGCAAGAAUUUCAGAUUUCAAAGAAAAACUUGAAACAGAAUUGAAAAAACGAAAUGAAGAAGAACGUCUGGCUGAAAUGCUUUCCAAUCUGAAUGUGAAUGGACCCGAAGAGCUGAAUCGUUUGGAAUGGACAGGCUCCUGUAACCCUGGCUACAAAACGCAGGAUUCGAAACCAAGUCAUAUAGAAGACGAGACCGAAGUCGCUGAUCCUCUGCAGCUAUUCGCCUCUCAUUCUGGAACCCAAUUCAACCAGAAAAUCUACAGGGUGGAAAAACCGGCCGAGCCUCUUAUAAAACCAUCAGAUUUGGAGGGUGAUACAAAGGACCUGGUUGAAGCAGUUUUCGCCGAUGAACCGUACGUUCGCCACCUCUGUGAGAAGUUCGAUGAUACAAAAAGUGCAAAACCACGAGAACGGUUUCUGCCACACAAAACACUGAAGUCUAGAACGGAAACAGAAACGAAAGUCAAGGAAAAGGAGAGAUUGCCCACUGAGAAGAAACAGAAAUGGGAGGUAACAGCAGCUACACCCCCUCCUCCCGUUCACGGUGAUACGAAACUGCUCACGUUGACAGAUUCGGUGCGACUGCAAUGUGAACAAGCUGAAAAGUUGAAGGAAAUACAACUGAAGCACGCCGUGGAAAGACUGAAAUCACAGAGAGAAUCGAGUCGAAUUGUGGUACCAAAAGACACAUCCGGUUGGACCUACAGAGACAAAGAUGGCAGCAAAUCUUCGUCGGAAGAGGAAUCUGAAGACGACGACGCUUAUCACGACUGUGAGGAAGGCGAUGAAGCUGAUGAGAAACAAGGAGGUGUUGUGUUCUAUAAUCUUGUUGACCCAUGAACGAAUUAUCCCAGUAUUGUUAUUGAUUAUAUAAUCCGAUUGUUGACAAUCUAAGUUUCUUUUAAAAAAACUGAGAUUCAAUAUCGAUAAAUAUUUAGUUUGAAAGUUGAUAAAAAGGGAGGCGUUGUAUUCUACAAUCAUGUUGUCCAUUAAGGGCUGAUAAAGAUUAAAUAAAGAUUUCCCCACGUC